AUGUCCCUGCACGUUCUGGUGCCGCGAAACCCCGUCACUGCUUCUACUUUCCCUGUUGUUCCUUCUACGGAACCCGUCGCUGACCCCGAUGUCGACCCUAUGGAGAAGAUCCUGGAUGAGUUCUCGUUUACUAUGAGGAUGCCAAAAUCCACGCCGGAGGAACGAGCGGCGCGGCUUGCACACUACAACAACUUCCCGUGGAUGCACCCUGGUUAUGCACCCUCCCCCUCUCCCGAGCCUAUUCCUCCUCCCGAGCCUACCCGGCUGCAAACGCCUCCUCCGCCUUCCGCCUCCACCUCCACCUCUACCACCCCCACAGACGCUCGAGGUAACCUCGACAGCGGUACCGCAACCACUCGCAAUUCUCACGACGCCAACAUGCAUCUCGAUGACCAUGUUCUUCGCCCUACUCCACCCCCGGAUCCCCAUCAUCCACCCACAUCCCGCUCCUCUAUCCUUGUCCCUCACGAUCAUCCCUCCCUCGACAACCCUCACCCAAUCUACUCAUUCGCGAAGUGCACAAGUGCUCGUGAGAAGGAAUUUUACGAAGCGAUCUUUCCCUACCUGCAACAUACUGGUCUUGGUCCCCUUUUCGGUGCUCUCACAAGUCGUCUGUAUAUCUAUGAAGAAUUCUGUGGUUUUGCGCCCUGUGGGGAGACUCUCGGUGGCACGGACCAACGACACCCGGAAAUUGGACGAUGGAUUAAGAGCAGACGCCCCACAACAUUCACCCCGAUGUUUGUGCUUCCCGAUUUUGAAGAAUGUUGGUGGGACUGGUGGUGUGCGAUCCAACCAGAGGAUCGUCGGAUUGAGGGGAACCGUCCGUGCUUCGAGGAGAAGAACUCCAUUGAUUGGGAGAGUUUGAACGUUUGGGGACUGAAUGGUAUAGUUCUCAUUGUGGUUGCUCUUUCAUGGUGGGGUUGGGCUCUCAAUAUAGGUGGCACUCCCCGAGAGAGUACGUCUUGGCCGGAUGCUGUUCGGGAUGUGGUUUGGGUCUUGUGGGAGCUCGAGGUGAUGUUGUCGUUGAAGAGAGACUUGGGAGAUAUGGACGAGGAAGGCGAUGGUGAAGAGGAGACGAUUGUUACGCCCCUGUCGCCACGCAGGGGCAAGCGCAAGGCCACCGAUGAUGAUUCUGAGAAGGCGGUUCUGAAGCGUACGAGACGUACCCGCUCUGAAAACGAGAACACCACUCCGUCCCACCCUCCAACCUCUCCUCGCCGGACGCGCUCUCGCCGUGGUUAA